UUCUGUUUGUUAAUGUCCACUAAAAAGGAUGUGGGUAAAGCUACCAGUACAAGAAAAUCUUCAACAAGUACAUCAAAGAUCAAUGCAAAAACUCGUGAAGAAAGCAUGGACAGAAAGAAGAAAGAAAAGAAGGAAAUACCCAUCAAAGCUACCAGUUUGAAACCUAAAAAAUCCGAAAACAAGGAAGUAGAACCUGAUACAAAACCCAAAGUGCCUAAAUCUUCUAGCAAACCUUCUGUAGAUUCUAAAGUAACAAUAAGUAAGAAGAAACUCUCAUCAGAUGGACCGAAAACUCCUAGCGGUAGUAAGAUUUCGAAAACCCAAUUCUUUCCCACCAAAACCAUGUACUCGAAUGCACUCAAAGAUAAAGAUGAGAAAGGAGCAGGCGAUAACAUCAAAAGACCCGUGAAAGAAGAACUCUCAUCUAAAAAAUCUUCCCAAAAUACUGCUCCACCGAAGAAAACAACCACCAAGACCGAUAAACUUGAAGCUACAAGAAAUGUAAAUAAAGCCAAGAGUUUGAUUAAUGUGUCUAACAGAACCUUAGCCGACAAGACAACCCCUAGAAGCCCCAUAGCAGACCUGAAGAAAAAUGGCCCAGUCAAAAUUCUUCGAUCCAAGCAGCCUCCAUCUUUGGAAUCCAACAAAUCUGCGUAUACCUCACCAGACACAAGCACCAUCUCCGAAAGACCAAGAACAGCUACACUGAGGAAAGGCAGCAUUGUAAACGCAAACAUAGUAGGACCAGAUGCACCUAGGACCCUAGCAAAAGUCAAAUCUCCGACACCCAGAUCAUCAGAGGAAGAGUUCAACUACGAAGAUGACUUUGACUCCUACGAAUCAGAUUUUGAGCAGUACUCUUCAUCCAGUUCCAACGCAGAUAAUUUAUCUGGAGAAGGAACUAGCAGCGGUAGUAGUAGUGACCAAGAAGUGGCACCAAGAGAGCUUCAGUCUGCCCGGAGAAAAGUCCUAUCAGCUGGCAGCGAGGAAGAGAGAAAGCUGGACUCUGGUCACUUCGAUAUGCCGGACUUCAAGCACAAGCAGAUCCUCGACAACAUCAAGGAGUCCGUGGAGAAAGAGAACAGCAACUUGAUGCUGAGCAAUAACCCAGCUUCUCUUUCCGACGAAGGCUUUGAAGAACAAAAAUCUCUGCAGAUGAUCAACUUCUUGGAUGCCCAGAAGAAACACGAGCAUAGGAAAAGCGUGGAGAUCAAGAGGAAACGUGGGGAGGAAAUUUUGAGCAUGAUCAGAUUGGAUACUUACAGUUUCACUUUGUUUGAUUUACCGCCUGUGCCUUAUGAUGUUUUUAUCAAGAAUUAUGGAAGCACCAAUAGCGUGCAGAUUGCAGUUCAGACUGGCGAAGAUGACAUAGAUGAAGAUACUCAAACUGACUUUGUUGAUAUGUCAACAAAAUGGACACAAGCACCUGUUGCUUUUAGUAAUAUAGAAGAAGAUGAUCCACAAUUUUGGCAAACAUACAAACAAGACUAUCUAGGGGUAGGAAAUGAAAACUGCGAAGAAUCAAAAUGGGAAACUACGAGAUUCAAUGAAUUCUCUUUGAAUAACUUCUUCUCAUCUGCAGGAAACUUGGUCCUGCGGAUCCUAGAGGAAUCUAGAAUUGGAAACAUUAAUAAGCUAGAGAAAAAUUCUAGAGCCAUACCAUUCAGUGCUGGUUACAUUUCGCUCAAUACCAGCGAAGAUAUUUUCAAAGAUAGCACUGUGAAGUUUGUGACUUUUUCUUGUGAUAUUAGAGGUAGGAUUAUGACAGUUCAUUCCAGAAAAAGUGAUGGUGAUAGUGUGUUGGCCGUAUGGCGAAUAUGUGAUCCAGAAAAACCUGAGGCUGUUUACUUGUCUCAUGGUGUAUCUUGUUGUUCUUUUGGCCCAGAAAAAUUGGGACUAGUGUUUGCUGGACUUACUAGCGGAAUGCUUUCUGUAUGGAACUUGAGGCGUAAGAAAGAGGAAUUCGGCAACAGUGCUGAUUUUUGUACUGAUAUUGGUUGUGGGCACGACUCAAAAAUCAUCGGCUUGUAUCCAAUUGGUGAUAUUUCUGACUCGUCUUUCAAUGAAUUGAGUCAAACAAAUGAGGUUCGCGAGUCAGAUUACUUGAUUCUCAUUCACAACUAA